AAGCAACAAAUUCCGAACGGGCCAUUUUCGUUGUUGGUGUUUGUGUAGCACGUUGUGCCGACGUUUUUCGUGUGACAGCCGCGCGUUUUUGCCGACGCGUUUUUAACCGCGAGUUUGGAAGACCACUUACUACCCAGAUUCUAGCCAGGAUGUGCUAAGUGGCUAGAGGAAAACCACCUGAAGAUGCCGCAAAGAACGCCCAGUCCCGCUAACUCCGAGAUUUCGGUGGGCUCGCCCAGUCCGCCGCCCAUGAGAUCGCUGAACAUGAAGCGUUUGCGGCUCUUGAGGAGCCCUGUGGGCCCGGAGAAUGGCCGUCAGAGAUCCUCGCCCGUGAGGAUCAAGAGCUUUUCCAUAGCCGAUAUCCUGGGCAGGGGAAACGAGGAAAGCAGGGAGGAGGACAAGAAACCGGAGAGGAGCACGGUUCCCAGUGCUCUGCCAGGAAUCGCCGCUCCUCUGGUGCUGAUAAACGAACGGUUGCAGAUGCCCCUGAUGCCGAACUGUCCACCGCCCGCCGCACUGCAUCCGUUCCUGUCGCCCGCCCUGCUCCACAGCUACGAGCAGCGCCUGGCCUGGGACUACCAGCGCCAGCUGCAGGAGCACUUCCAGGCACAAGCGCACCUCCUGCGCCACAUGACCUUGAACCCCGCCAUCAUCGCCUCCGAGGACGGCAGCUCGGAGCGUUCCCAGCGGUCCAGCAGCAACGGCAGCACCGACUGCUGCAGCCCCAGGCAGUCCCAGGAAAAGCUGGAAAGCCGAGCCACCCAGGAGGUCGGGGAGGGAGCCCAAAAGAAGUCGCCGGAGGAACAGUCCAAGGGAGCGGGAAAGCCCAACGGAGACACCCCUCUGGACGCCCUCUUCCAGCUGUCCACCAAGAAUUUCGACGAGGAACAAGCGGAACCCAAUUCGCAAAUUGCUCAGUUGCACUUGCAAUUUCAUUCGUUUUAAAUGCUUCCCAAGAAACCCAUUCAAUAGACUAAGCCCUGUGGCAAAAGUCAACAAGCUGCGGGUUCAGAUGGCACAUAAAUCAAGCAAACAAAAAGAAAUCCCAUCGCGCCCGAGUGUAAAAUAAAAAUUCAUUUCAAAUGAUUAAUAGCUGCACAGCGUUUCAAGAAAAUUCGUUAAUGACAUUAAAACACCGCGCGAAUACUAGAUAUCAGAAGUGUUUUUAUAUUCGCGUAUGUGUUUAUUAAAUGCCAUUAGGCGAGACUCGUUUGCCUCAAUAAAAUCGAGAAAAAUGACUGCGGGCACAAAACUGUUCUAGCGUCGCAUAAAAUAUGCAUGAAAUAUUGCAAAAAUGCCUGCGAGCGGCCGAAACAAGUUGACAAGCCGGCGCUCGGCAUAAAUUCUCUAAUUAACGGUUGCGCCUCAAAUCUUUUAUUAAAAAUUAUAAUUCGCAGUAGUAGUAAAAGUGGCAGAGAAAUAUGAGUUUGCGUGCGGGCUGACCAUAAAGCAUUAGCAUUAAUACGAGCCGGGGAAAACUACGAAAAAAAUGUAAACUAGCGUGGCGGGCUUUCAAAAAUGGUUAACUGCCUGCUUGGCUUUCACUGCUAACCCUCGGCCCUCGGUAUGGAGGCUUACUGGAAGCCUUGGUAUUCCAUAUUAUACCACACUAAGCGGUACCACUCGGGUGGUCCAUCAUCAUCACGGGGCACGGGCACGGGCACGGGUACCCCUCGAGCAAAUUGCAUACCUCGCCCGGUCCGCUUAGAGCCGCAGUCAGAACAGCCAGGAGACGCUCAGAUACAAAGAUACUCGGACGCGCAGAUACGCAGAUAGCCAGCCGGCUACUCAGAUCCCCAGAUACUCGGGUGCUGAAGAGGUGUGCGAAAGCAACGCACUGAAGGUGUUACCUGCACGCUUUUGAUGAGCACUAAUUGAGCUCAAGUUGCAUUUUUCUUCCUUGGCCAUUACCCGCGAUCGGGCCGAAAGGGGUCCAUCGGCGUCGAGAUCAAAGCCGGCAGGCCGAUCAUAAAGACAAGCGAAAAUCAAGCAUCGACAGUUGCACAAGAGACAGCAAAUGAGAGAAUUAGCCGGGAGACUGAGACUCAGAACGAGACUGGUAGAGGUGAGAAGCAGAGUUGGCCAAGGAGCGCUACAUUUUGGUAAUAACUCUAUCAGAGCCAUAUGGGAGGCCCGGCCCAACUGUUGCCAACGAUAAAAAGGGUUGGCUACAGUGUGAAAAAUAGGAAUAUACCAACAAAUUAUGGAGAGUAUAAGAUUAACAUUGUAGGGAUAAUAUAUAAAUCAUCUUCGAUAAAAUCCAAAAGGUAACUCACAUUAUAAUCAAUUAGAAUUAGAAACCAAGGCAAUAACAAAUCACCUUUGUUUUGUGACAAAAAAAGGCUAUAUAUAAUUGUUUAAAAUUAAUCCACAACAGUUAUUUCUGAAUAAAAUAAACUGAAAAUCCGUCUGUUUUAUGGUUUUAUAUUUUAAAAUAUUAUAAGAAUACUUUUAUUUUAAAGUUAAGUUUUGUAAGAUCAAGCCCAAAUUUUUUGUUGAAUUUUUCCACCUUAAAUUAUUUUUUUCUGUGCAACAAUUGAACCCAGCAAAGGGGCAGGAAUGCGGCAUUCAAGUCAGGACCUUGUCAAAGUUCUUAAAAACGCAUUCGCAUUCCCGUUCCCACCGCGAUUCGCAUUCGCAUUCGCGUUUUUGCCAAGCAUUAAUCACUGGCCCGAGUGAAGAGCCGGGACCGCCCGAGCUGUGAAUUUUCGGCAUGUGUCGAACAUCAAAAGCCCGCGCCACGCAUAAAAAGCCAUUUAAAAACGCAUUUUCUGCCUGGCCCCAUGGUCCCCGGGGGCGCAACUCCUCGCUGACCUGCGGGGCCCCAACUGCAGCCAACUAACUGCACACUGCUUUUGGCCAAGAGUCCUCGCUCUUGGCCAGGAAAUGCAGAACGCGAGAUUGAUGCGUUCACGGACAGCCCAGCGAACUACUGCAGACGGACUGCGAGGUGGCAGGAAGGUUUAGGGGGGAAAACGCAUUUCCUCGCGGCUUUUCCAGCUGCACAUUAUGUGGGUCAGUUGGCGCCUGGCCUGGCGAAACCAGUUUUCCUAGGUGUUGGCCAUUGUGCAGAUCUCAGGAGUCACUGAAAGAAAAUUUGGCUAGGUUUAUAGAAACUAUUCACAUAAAUGCGGAUGUCUACUCAUACAGCUCAUUCGGAAAUUCUUAUGUUUAUUGGUUUUUCCGUGGGAACUUUUCUAUUUAUGAUAAUAUCAUACAAAAUAAGUCAUUAUACAAAGUAAAAAUUCAUGUUUAUCCCUUUUUAUUAUAAGUAUUACCCAUCGUAAGAUCUGAUUAUAAGUAUUAUUCAUUCAUUUCUUUUUCUGAAUUUUCAUUUAUUUUUUCAAAGUGAACUGUGGAGUUUAAGAGACGCGGGCCUAUCUAUGAUAAUCGUGAAAAUGCACGGCGACAAAUCAUAUUUAUAUGCCCAAGUCUUUGAUGAUAAAUGUUGAAAAGCCAGCAUAAAUUAAAGCAUUCAAAUCAUUAGCAGCGAUGCCGAACAAACGAGCGGCGAUCGGUGGAUGAAGGGGAGGGUCCAGGUCCAACCAAGCGGAUGGGGAAAUUAUUCACAGCUACGGAUCGGGCGACAUUAGUGCAGACCGGGGUGGAACUCCACUUCCUCCGAAAGAACUCCGAGCGGGCCUCCAGUUCCCCAGACUGCAAGGUGUCUGCUCUUUUCUGACCAUUCGCUGCGCCGACAGGUGCAGGCAUCAUCCCGUAUCCAUGCAGUCCAUCUAGGUGUCUGCACUCCAGUUUUGAUGAGUCCCGAGUAGCGUUUGAUACAUUGUAAUAUAACAGGAUUCGUCAGGGCUGACAAUCAGACCGAACCAGACGUAGGAUCUUUAAAGAACGUUCAAAAUGUAAGGCGUGGCGAAUCUUAAUGUCUGUCGAUAAAAUUAUGAAGAGUAAGCAAUCUUGAUAAGAUGGUAUACUAUAUAAGGGUGAAAUAUUUUGUGAAUACUUAGGAAGACUAUCCAAAAACAGGAGAGAAACUGGGUUUUAACACUCCUGUCCAUGUUCUUAAUAAUGGUAUGGGGGUUUCAAUGUUCCAUUCUUCAAGGCUGAAGAAUUCUUCAAGAACAAUUAUUAAGUUCUCUACAUAACUAGUAACACAUUUCUGAAAAUAAACUUUAAUUCUUUGUGUACUUUGUAAAUGUUUUUGAGAACAGCAUUUUUGAUAUACUGUCUCACUACCACACUUUGAUCUUUAUUCAUUUAGCUAUUUUUAUUUGUUUAUCACCAGCAAUGAUUCCUUCAAGUCUUAAUGUUCCCAAUCGAUUCGGAUGCAUAAAAUCAUUUCCUUCCCGACGAUUGACUUUCUCUAAUUAGUGUAUUAAGUCAUUUUCACGCCUUCCCCUUUUCGAGGAACACUUCCCCCGCAUUGUGAGUACAUCAAAGGGCACAUUCAGCCCUUCGCCGGAACAUAUUCGAAACUUCACCCAAACAGCAGAGUCGGGGCGAAGGGCAGAACCAAUUUUGGGACCGAAAAGAACUCAGUGAUUUGGAAAAACAAGCACAAGUCGGUGUUAUUGUGUGGACGCGAUGUUGAUGUUGCUAUUUACACGCAACACGACUGGAAAACUGGGAACCAACCACCGACAAUCACCGCAUUAAAGCAAGCGGAGAACGACAAACUUCACGCUAAAAUCGAAGGAAGCUGUGAAAAAUGUCUUCUUCCCCCGAACUGCUUCCUCCAAUGGGGUAUAUAGUACACACUACUUGGUGCUGCUACUGGGCACUGUGUCAACAAAGCAUUUAACACCUUCGUCGAAUGCUGAAUGCCAACCCCAUGUGCUGGCGGGUGUUUGUGUAAUCGUUUAUUAAAGUGUGAAGAAAAUUAAUUUGACUAUCUGAGAUGGUGGCCGCUGUUUCUAUGGCAUAUGACUUGCAACCGCUGACAAGAUUAAUUAAUCCCCCUCGUGCAGCUGCGGGGAAGUCAAAGGGAAAACGAAAAUGUGCGCCCUAAUUGAUUUUCUUCUCCACCGCAUAUAACUUCGAUUUCAUUUGCCUUUCUUUUUGCAGUGCAGCAUUGUUGUGACACGUCUCGUUAUGCGAACGAUUUAUUCCAGGUUUUCGCCAUAUGCAGAUGCAGUGCAGUACAGAGAAAGAAAUAUGUGAAAUAUCCAAAAAAUUAUACUAUGAUUAUUUUUCAAAGCAUAAACCCAAUGGAUUAUCAAAAAUGAGUUUAUAAAUAUUAAAAACAAAAAAAGGAUAAGUCAACUUUUAUCAUUUAAUAAUGUUAAAUUGGUAUUGAAACGGACUAUUCCAAGUCAUACUUAAAAAUUCACAAAUUCAGAGGAGAUCGUAUCUCUCAAAAUAAAGUUUUUUACAUUUUUUUAACAUAGGAAUUAAAAAAAAUGCUGAAUUUCAUUAAAAAGAGAAUUUAUAAUUAACAAUUGCCUUAAAUACACUAUCUAUUUAUUUUGGGGCGUAUAAUUUUACCUUACAUUAUUUUCAGUGUAUGUAUGUGUUGGUUGUCUGGGGCUGUUUCAUGUCCGCCGACAUUGCAACGCCCCUCCCCGCUCGGGCUUUAACUUUAACUCCAGCCCGUAUAUGCACUUUUGACAAGUAAUUUAAUAAAGCCAGCGACAUGGCGCGUUGUUGUUGCCAAAAGGUGUUGCAGUUGCUGCUUAAACAUGCAUAAGCCACGUUAAGAGCGAGGUGGGAGCCGGCAAGUGGGAAGGGGAGCCACCGCCGUUGGCUCGAGUGCCAGUCAGUUAGUCACUCAGUCGAGGAGCAGAGCAGGCGAAGAGCCGAAGACCAACCUUUAGUUUAUUUUCGUUGCUGUUUGAUUGCAGCUUGUAAUCACAAUUAAAGUGUUAAACAUAAAUGCCAGGGGCCAAUGGGCAACUAACGAAUGUAAAAGAGACAGUCAACGAAAAAGCGAAAAAACGAAAAAAGCCCAAAAUAAAGGAGGCGCACAAGGGUUGCUCACUGCUUUGGUAGUGCUCAAGUGGCCAAAAGUCUGGGGAUCGGCCGACGGUUUUGUGGGCUCGGGAGUUUAUCAUUUCAUGGACAUGUCUACGGGCUGACAGCUUUGGAAUUUCGGCAGUUUUAGAUUAAUUAAUUGACUGCCUGCCACCCGCCAGCCAGUCAGCCAGUCAAGUUCAAAUGCAUUUAAAUGCUAAGUUUAAUUUGUCAUAACAGCGGAGCGUGUGAGCAGAACCAAUCGAAUGGGGUUGCCCUCAACGGCUGUUUUCUUAGCAAAUAAACAUGAACAGUGUAAGCUGACUUCCAAGUCCAAGCAAUAGUAUCUCAGAGAUUGGUACACAUUGGAAAGUGCAGUACAAAUUUAUUAUUUUCUUUUUGUUCUCUGACCGCAAACUGAGUUUAUUAUAACAAAGUAUAAUUAUAACUAGACUUAAGAAUAAUGUGUUCUUGAUUGAAUACCUAAAUUAAGGAUUUUCUAUCUUGAAAUUAAAAAUACCCUUUUACAUAUUUAUAAUUUGGUAAGGAACAUGUUUAACCUCGAUUGAAAGGGAAUUUAAAAUUGCCACCAACAAUAUGGUAUUUCACACCCCACAUUAAACUAUGGCCCGCUUCUAUCAGUGUACAAUCAUUAACAAUGCAAAACUGGACGUAAUGAAGCGCUUAGCCGACAGACCGCGUCAGGCCAACACCUUUACAAAUUACAAGUCAGCAUUUAAAUGGCCGUAAAGUUUUAUGGCACGGCGUCUACCAAAUAAUCCACUGGCACUCGGACAGCUCAUUAAGAUGCUGGGCGAAGAUCUGUGCCAGUUUCAGAAACAGUGCCAGUUCCACUUGGAGACCCACAAGCCCAGUCCCAAUCCAGUCCCAAUUCCAAUCCCCGAACUGCGUCCAUGAAAGUCGGAGCAGUUAAUUGAUUUUAAUGUGCCAAUAUCCUGACUGGGUCGUCGGACACGAAACAUGUGCUGGCGAUAUGGAUCGCCACUUUUCAUUAAUCGGUUUGGUGUUAAUUUAUGGCGUAUCUUUAUGGCCCAGACUCGGAAUCAAUUGCUUCCGUCUUCUGUCGGCCAUUGUGGUGCAGCAUCCACCCGGCAGACGUCACUUCAGAAUGCACUUGAACCUCCCUCCAUCCCCGCAGUUCUCGCUAAUUACGGCAAUUAAAAACCACUAAAUGUGGGCAAGAAACGAAAUUCCCUACAGCCGAUCUUCGUCGUCGCCGUCAAGUGUUCCCCCAGCCAGUCAGCCCGUUGAGUUCAAGUGGCUCGGAUUGCCGAGUCCCGAUUCCAGUAAUGAAAAUUACAUCUUAAUAAACCAUAAUUACCAAAUGGAA